AUGGACCAUGAAGCCGGCACAAGCCAAGUUCAUGUCCUGGAUAGGCUUCUGCUUGAUGAAAAUGCAGACCCCACAAACCUGCCGUUUUCACUUCUGCAAGACAUCACAAAUCAUUUCUCUCUUGAUCACCAAAUUGGUAGCGGCGGGUUCGCGGUGGUUUAUAAGGGAGUGGUCGGCAAAUGCAUGGUUGCCGUGAAGAAGCUGUCCAACACGUUUGCUGUUCCCGAGAAUAAAUUCCAUGAAGAGGUUAGAAACCUGAUAAGGGCCAAGCACAAGAAUAUAGUACGGUUUCUGGGAUAUUGCGCUGACAUGCAAGGAAAAAUGGAAGAGUACGAGGGGAAUCUUGUCAUGGCAGAUCAACGGAACUGGUUGCUCUGUUUUGAAUAUGUAUGCAACGGGAGUCUUGAUAAGCACAUUUCCGAUGCAUCUUGUGGACUUAACUGGAGGGAGCGAUAUCAAAUAAUCAGGGGGAUAUGUGAGGGUUACUUUUUCUCCAUGAGAAGAGAAUUAUUCACUUAG